UCACGCGUGGAACGAGGUGGGUACUCGCAACGACUUUCAAAUGUAGAACUGCAUACGAGGUUGCGUUUGAGUUGUCACGUCUCUUCCGGGUUUUUAUUACCACUCCCAUCUUAGUCGAAUCGAAUUCCUCUCCAGAAAUACCCAGGUGUCACCCAGGUAGACCAUGGCAGACGUCAGUGCUCUUGUGUCUCAACUGACCACGCUGAGUGGCAACCUAAAGACGGAGGUGGACAAGCUGGAUGAGGUCACCGUCAAGAAGCUGAACGAUGCCAUCAUCGUCUUGCAGGGCGUGUCCAGGAAAGCCAGCGGAGACACUCCUCCCUUUUUGACUGCCUUUGAUGACUUCAUCGAUGAGCACUUCUCCAAGUACCUUCAGCUGUCCAAGGAGAUCGGCGGUGUUGUGUAUGAGCACGCACAACUGGUUGAGAAAUGCUACAGCUUGCAGAGGGACUUCUUGCAAGUUGCUGCAAACAGCCAGCGACCACCACAGAAGGAUUACGCCAACUUUUUCAAGCCGCUUCAAGUUGCGGUGGAAGGGAUCAUUGAGUUUGCAGAUAAGAACCGUGGAAAUAAGGAGAGGCAGAACCACUUGAUGACUGUCAAGGAGGGCAUCGGCUGCAUUGGAUGGGUCACGGUGGAGCCCAAGCCUGGACUUUAUUUGAAGGAAAUGUAUGACCAGUCCUUGUUCUAUGGCAACCGUGUCAUCAAAGAAUUCAAAGGAAAAGACGACAAGCAGGUGGAAUGGAUGCGAUCGUUCACCAACUCCAUCAUGAGGCUCAAGGACUACGUGGACAAUUACCUCAGCACAGGCCUGCAGUGGAACCCACAGGGUAAAGUGGCAGUGGCCCCAGGGGGCAGUGCUGCUGCUGCCCCGCCACCCCCACCCCCAGGGGGAGCUCCCCCACCCCCUCCCCCACCUGCUGUGGAGGCCCCGGCAUCAACAGGGGCCCCCUCUCAGGAUGCAGCUGCGGCUGCUCUGUUCGCUGACAUCAACAAGGGAGCAGACAUCACCAAAGGUUUGAAGAAAGUCACCUCGGACAUGCAGACCCACAAGAACCCAGCCCUCCGUGAAGGCGCCAAGCCAUUCUCGGGAGCUGGCGCAUCCGGGGUUAAGGCCGUUUCUGCCCCGAAGACUGCAGCCAAGGCUGUCACUAAGCCACCAAGACUGGAACUGAUCGGCGGGAAGAAGUGGGAAGUGGAAUACCAAAAAAACAACAAAGACAUCGUCAUCGAAGGCACCAAGAUACAAACCAUCUACAUCUACAAGUGUGAGAACAGCACCAUUCAGGUCAAGAACAAGGUCAAUUCCAUUACCUUGGGUAAGCCGGCGCUUUGCUGAAGCAGUGAAAAAAUG